UAUCCAAUGAUUUUUUCUCAAUAUAUUAGAUAGAUAACAUAAUACAAAUUGAAUGUGAUAGAAUAGUAGGUGAAUAAUAGUAGAGCAGUGCCAUAUUAUUCAGAGAUGGAGGAUCAAAAUGAAAAUAGAAAUUCUGAUGUCGAUUGGAGUAUUUUCAAAAACUUAGCAAUUUCAAGUAUUACUAGGAAACAAGAGGAUCCUUCUCUUUCGUUGCCACUGGCGCCUCCACCAGAAGAUGAAACAUACACAAAACGUAACAGAAGAGGAACAGCUAUCAUAUUCAAUCAUAAAAAUUUCACUAUUGAAGAUUGCAGUGCGAGACAAGGAACAGAUAAAGACAGAGAUGAUCUAAGGAGUCUACUGGAAGAAUUGAAAUUCGACGUGAUAUCACAUGACGAUUUGACUUUUAUGCAAAUCAUAGAAGUUCUGGAAGUAGUUUCAAAAAUGGACCAUUCUGAAUCCGAAUGUCUAUUCAUAGCAGUUAUGUCACAUGGAGAUAAAGGGAUCCUUUUCGCAAAAGAUCGGGAGUACCCAACAAAGAGAUUAUGGACGUUUUUUUCUCCAAUUCAUUGUCCCAGUUUGGCUGGAAAGCCGAAAUUAUUUUUCAUUCAGGCAUGCAGAGGUAACGAUACCGAUCCAGGAGUUCGUGUAUGUUAUACUGAGAGAGAUUCUUUCAACGAAAAUAAUAAAACAUACUCCAUUCCAGUAAUGGCUGAUAUUCUGGUUAUGUAUGCAACAGUAGAAGGCUACUUCGCUUGGAGAGAUCCACGCAACGGGAGCUAUUUCAUCCAGUCUCUAGUCAGUCAGAUCAGGAAACACAGACAAUCGAAAGACCUGCUGUCUAUUUUGACUUGCGUUAAUCGAGAAGUGGCCAUUGGUUUCACCUCAGCUGAACCACGUUGCUCUCAAUUAGAUGGGAAGAAGGAGAUGUGUUCUAUUGUCUCCAUGUUGACAAGAUCGUAUUAUCUUGAUGAUAAUGAGGAAAAUCAACUAUAGGAACAUUAUUUUCAGAGCAUUCAAUUCACUCAGGAUAUCAGAUCAGUUUCCAUUGCGUAUUCGAAGUUUUGAUAAUAAUAAUAAUAACUGCUUUAUCAAUGAUUAUGUUACGUUGCAAAGGUUCAUUCCUUAUCAUGCAUUAUAUUCAAUUAUUCCAAUUGAUUUGGUAGAAUGAACAAAAAUUUCAAAUUGUGAUGUCUCAAUAAAAAAACAAUCAUCCUGGAUGGCUUCAAUUUCAUAAUUUCCAUAAUAUAU